GCGCAGGUGCAGGAGUGGAACAUGGAAGCCCCUCACCUGAUGCCGCUGCAGCCGCCGCUGCUGCCGGAGCGGGCGCACGUGCGGGAGGCGCAGCUGCACUCGGCAGAGGCCUCGCUCUGGACCGUGGUGGCCACGGUGCAGGCCAUGGAGAGGAAGAUCGACCUCCUGGCCACCCGCCUGCUCAGCCUGGAGGGCCGCUCCGGCACGGCCGAGAAGAAGCUCCUGGACUGCGAGAAGACGGCCAUGGAGUUCGGGAACCAGCUGGAGAGCAAGUGGGCCGUGCUGGGCACCCUCAUCCAGGAGUACGGGCUGCUCCAGAGGCGCCUGGAGAACGUGGAGAACCUCCUGAAGAACAGGAAUUUCUGGGUGCUGCGGCUGCCCCCCGGCCCCCGGGGCGAGGUCCCCAAGGUGCCGGUGACGUUUGUUGACAUCGCCGUCUACUUCUCGGCGGAGGAGUGGAAGAAUCUGGAGGAGUGGCAGAAGGAGCUGUACAACAACCUGGUGAAGGAGAACUACGAGGCUUUGCUCUCCCUGGACGGUGCCCUCUCCAGGAGCGAGGCUCAGCCCCGCAGCGAGCGUGGGGAAGGGCCCUGUGUUCCCGAGCAGCGGGAGCUGGAGCAGCGGGAGCUGCCGCCGGACGCCUGCGCAGAAUCGCUGAUCUCCACCUCCGACAUCCUGUCCCGGAUCAAGCAGGAGGUGGCCUUUGUGGGGGAGCAGCAGUUCCCGGAGGAGCGGGGGAUGCCCCCAGACCCCUGUGCAGGCGCGGACGCCCUGAUCACUGCACACGACUUCUUGUCGUGGAUCAAGCAGGAGGAGGAGCCCUGUGUCCGUGAGCCCUGGGAGCUGCCGGAGAGGGAGAUGCUGCCCCCGGGUCCUGGUCCUGCCGGCGAGGGGCUGCUGGUGAAGACGGAGGAGCGGUGCCCCCACGCCGAGCCCCCCGAGGAGGUGGGUUUGCCGGGCGGCUCCGGGGAGCUGCUCUUCCCCGGCGCGGGCUUCGGGACCCCCGAGGGACAGGCGGCGGUGCCAGCGGCCGUGGCUCUGCCGGCGCAGCACAGACUGGGCAAAGCUCCGGGCGCCGAGCCGGGCCCGGGCGCCGAGAGCGGGGGGGUCCCCGCGGCGCCGCCGGGACCCGCCGAGGAGCGUCCGCACGGCUGCGCCGAGUGCGGGAAGAGCUUCAGCGGGAAGAAGAGCCUGCGGAUCCACCAGCGCAGCCACGCGGCCGAGCGGCCCUACCCGUGCGCCGAGUGCGGCAAGAGCUUCAAUUGCCACUCGGGGCUGGUGCGGCACCAGAUGAUCCACCGCGGGGAGCGGCCCUACAAGUGCUCCGAGUGCGGCAAGUGCUACAGCCGCAAGGAGCACCUGCAGAACCACCAGCGGCUGCACACCGGGGAGCGCCCCUUCGCCUGCGCCCAGUGCGGCAAGAGCUUCAUCCGCAAGCAGAACCUGCUCAAGCACCAGCGCAUCCACACCGGGGAGCGCCCGUACCAGUGCCCGGCCUGCGGCCGCAGCUUCCGCUACAAGGAGUCCCUCAAGGACCACCAGCGCGUCCACGGGGCCGAGGCGGGGCCGCCCCCGCUGCCCCCGCCCGGGAUCAUGCCCCCCGGGGAUUAGGGGUGUCCCCCCCCCGCCGCGGACUGACACCCCCCCGGGACGGGGACGGGCACCGGCCACGCAGCUUCCGACCGAACCGAGGUGCCCGGCCGGGGCGGGGGGGCGCGGGGGGACCCCCAGGGAGGUCACGCACCCCCCGGUCCCCCCGCCGUGGACGGACACUUCGGCCCCCAGCGCUCCCCCCACAGACAAUGUCGCCGCACGGGGUGGGGAGCAGCCCCCCCGCCGUGCCACCCCCCCGCGCCACCCCCCGCCUGCCGCUCUGUCCCCCCGGCCCCCGCCGCUUAUUUUUACUGCCCCCCCGUCCCGCUGUACAGUGCUUGGGGUGUAGUUUUGUAUGGACGAAGCGAUCCGGAAUAAAGUCGUGCUGGGCUGCA